UAUAUUGUCUCUCCUUCAAAGACCUGUUUCUUACGCGUUCAUACAACCUACAUCGGUCAACUAUUAGAACCCGUCCUCCAUCUGCAACGCCCUAGAAUGGAUGCCAACCAUUCUUCCCAAAGCUUCGAGGUUCUGCCAGGAAUGAAGCCCGCCUACACCACGGAUCCCGACCGUCCUGGGGAAAAACGUCUCGCUGGCCUCCGAUGGCUUCCCAAUCGAGUCCGCCACAUGCUGGUAUCAAUGCUCGGCGAGUUCGUCGGCACCUACUUGUUCCUGUUCUUCGCUUUCGCUGCCACUCAGGUCGCCAAUACUCCUCCAAGUCAGCUCGACAAGCCUGCAAGCACGGCCACUCUGCUGUACAUCUCCCUGGCUUUUGGGUUCUCCUUGGCAGUCAACGUUUGGAUUUUCUUCCGUAUCAGUGGAGGAUUGUUCAACCCUGCGGUCUCCGUGGCUCUCGCCAUUGUAGGGGCGAUCGGAUGGCUCAAGGCCGGUCUUCUCAUAAUCUCCCAGGUGCUUGGUGCAAUUACAGCCGCAGCCGUAACGUCUGCCCUAUUCCCCGGUGACCUGAACGUUCGAACGAGUCUGAGUCCGGAUACCUCAGUGACGCGCGGCUUGUUCAUUGAGAUGCUGCUCACUACCGAGCUCAUCUUUUGCAUAUUCAUGCUGGCGGCUGAAAAACAUAAAGCCACAUUCCUCGCUCCCAUUGGUAUCGGACUGGCUUUGUUCAUCGCUGAAUUGGCUGGUGUAUACUUCACUGGUGGCUCGCUCAAUCCAGCUCGCUCUUUUGGGCCCGACGUUGUCCUUCACACAUUCGAUGGAUACCACUGGAUCUACUGGGUUGGCCCGAUGCUCGGAGCUCUUAUUGCCGUGCUGUUUUACCGUCUCAUCAAAGUGUUGGAAUAUGAGACUGCCAACCCAGGAGCGGACAGCGAUGGCAGCAAUCAGCCCCACACAAAUUCACCGCCUGAAGAAGACGAAGAAGAAGGACGCCCCAAUAACCGUACCGACGGCACAAAUGAAUCGGAAUUUGUACCUCCUUUUCACCCGAUCAAUAAGCCAGCCAACUCGCAUCGGUCAUACUCUUCACGCUAUGAGAUGCGAGACAACGAGUCACACCUGCUACGACCCCUACCAAGCCAACCCCAUAGCGGUGAUGGACCCCAUUCUAUUGAUCUCGACGAACGCCCUCGUGCUCAACACCACCCAAUUUCAGUACAAUCCCGCGCUCCCUCACAUUUUGACGAGGCUUCGGAUCACAGCUUCCGAAGUGCACCAAAUACUGAGUCUGGUAGUUCUGAAUACAGCUCGAGAAACAGUUCCUGA